AUGUCUUCCUCUGAGAUCAACGGCUCCGUCCGGUCCGAGGCUUCAGCGAAAGAGAGUCAAGCUUCUUUUCCAUCCGAAGCAAGGAACCCCCUCGCUCAUCACACGAAUCCAGACUCAAGACCUGGCAUCACUUUCGCCCAUCAAGACAAACUACCGAAGCUUCCCAUACCUGAACUUGACAGCUCAUGCAAAAAGUACCUCGCCGCCCUCAAACCGCUACAGACGCCAAAGGAACACCAUGACACUGUUCAUGCUGUUCAGGAUUUCAUCAGAUCGGACGGUCCGCUUCUCCAGGACAAGUUGAAGAAGUACGCCAACGGCAAAGCCAACUACAUCGAGCAAUUUUGGUACGACUCGUACUUAAAUUUUGACAACCCGGUGGUACUUAAUCUAAAUCCGUUUUUCCUACUGGAGGACGAUCCCACCCCGGCUCGCAACAAUCAAGUCACCCGCGCAGCCUCAUUAGUAGUCUCGGCUCUUUCCUUCGUACGCGCAGUCCGGAGAGAGGAGCUUCCGCCCGAUACCGUUCGCGGCCAACCCCUUUGCAUGUAUCAGUACUCAAGGUUAUUCGGUACUGCUAGAAUACCCACCGAGAAUGGAUGCCAAAUAGGACAGGAUCCCACCUCGAAACAUAUUGCUGUUUUAUGCCAUGGCCAGUUCUACUGGUUCGAUGUUCUGGAUGACAAUUCUGACCUUAUCAUGACGGAAAAGGACAUUUCACUUAAUCUAGCCUCGAUUGUCGAUGAUGCUGCCCAGAUCCCCAUCCGAGAGGCCGCAAAAGGCGCAUUGGGCGUCCUUAGCACAGAGAACCGCAAGGUGUGGUCAGGGCUAAGGGAUGUGCUGCAUCGGGAAGAAGGCUCGAACAACUCAGAUUGCCUGAACAUUGUCGACUCCGCACUGUUUAUUCUAUGCCUUGAUUAUACCGAACCGCAAACCGGCGCUGACCUUUGCAUGAACAUGCUCUGCGGUUCAAGCAAAGUGGAACAAGGAGUGCAAGUCGGUACCUGCACGAACCGCUGGUAUGACAAGCUGCAGAUAAUCGUCUGCAAGAAUGGAAGUGCAGGUAUCAACUUCGAACACACCGGUGUUGAUGGUCACACUGUGCUCCGAUUUGCAUCCGACGUCUAUACGGAUACCAUUCUUCGAUUCGCGAGGACCAUUAAUGGAAAUGCACCCAGUCUCUGGGCGUCUACCAGCCCCGACCCAGCCAAGCGGGACCCUGACAGCUUCGGCGACGUCCAGACCACUCCGCACAAGUUGGAGUGGGACAUGGUACCAGAGCUUAGCACUGCUCUGCGUUUCGCCGAGACGCGAUUAGCAGAUUUGAUCCAACAGAAUGAGUUCGCAACCUUAGAGUUCCCGCACUAUGGCAAGAACUUCAUGACAUCUAUGGGCUUUUCUCCGGAUGCCUUCGUACAGAUGGCUUUUCAAGCCGCAUACUACGGCCUGUACGGCAGGAUGGAGUGUGUCUACGAGCCAGCUAUGACCAAAUUCUUCUAUCACGGCCGAACAGAGGCGAUAAGAUCGGUUUCUGAGGAAUCCGCAGAAUUUGUAAAAUUGUUCUGGGGAGAGAAUCCGGCAGCUGCAAAGAUUGACGCCCUACGGAAAGCUUGCCAGAAGCACACCGCGACAACUAAGGAUUGCGCGAAGGCUCAAGGUCCCGACAGACACAUGUACGCCCUUUACUGCAUCUGGCAGCGAGCGAUCGACGAGGAUGGCGCCGAGAUGGCAAGCAGUGACGGCUGGGAUUCAACGCGGCCUUCCAGCCCAGAGGCGGUCAACUCCACUGUCGGCUCACCAAAGCGUUCGUCGAUGCUCUCAGAGACCGGAUCAAUAAGCAGUUCUCCUCCAGCUCCUGUGCAACACUCAAUGCCAUCCCUCUUCGCUGAUGCCGGCUGGGACAAGCUCAACAAUACAAUUCUUUCCACGUCCAAUUGUGGUAACCCUUCACUAAGACAGUUCGGUUUCGGCCCUACCUCAGGCGACGGCUUCGGUAUCGGCUAUAUCAUCAAGGAUGGCAGCAUCUCCAUCUGCGCUUCAUCUAAGCAUCGACAGACUUCCCGCUUCAUCGACGCCCUAGAAUCCUACUUCCUCGAAAUUCGCAAACUUCUUCGGCAGCUCAAGCGCCGCGGCACCUCUGCCGACAAGACGGUCUCGCGCGCCCGCGAAGCAGAAGAUCACCAUCGACCCAAGAACUCGAGAAUGAAGAGCCGUGGUCGCAUCAUCACAGGCGAUGGAAAGCCGCAGCCCGUGCCAGUUGAGGAUAGCACGGAAAGCGACGACGAUGGUCUUGGUGGCUAUGGCUUCUUCGACGCCGGCAUGCUGCUGAGCGCGCUCAAGGCGAAGGAGGAAGAAGCGCCCGACGACGACCGGCGCGAUGUUAUCAGAAGGAACAUUGGACGGAGGCUGAAGUUGGCGGAGUAUUGA